GCUUGGUUACUGCUACCCAGAAUGAGGCUUGACUGAUACUAUUCAGAUUGAAACUUAGUUACUGCUACCUAGAGUGAGGCUUGGCCGCAAUUUUCCAAAGCGAGGCUUGGUUCCUGUAGAGGGCUACAGGGCGGAACUGAAAAAUAAUAUGAACCUGCAUGUUUUGUUCUCUACUUCUGUGCAGUGACGAACGGAGAAAAUUGAAAACAGGGAAGGUACUGUGUUGAUUAUACUAUUCCAUGCCAUGAUUGGUCCACAAUAAAAGUCUCUACUGUUCAUUUUUUUUUUUUUUCAUUUUGAACAACCCCCACCACAAAGCUGGAUAGCCCCACAGAGGAAACGUGUAGCAUGGACACAUCAGAGGCCACAGAUGAUGGGGAGCUUGCAGCAGAGCAGAGACCUCGCACACGCUCCAACCCAGAAGGGGCAGAGGAUAAGGAAGCACCCCUACAGCCUGUCGUGGGCAGUCGGAGUGAGGGCGAAGGGGAGGCAGCUCAGGUAGAGGAUCAAUCACCGCCAGCCACAGCUCCUCCAAUAUGUGCUCUUCCUCCACCUCCAGAAUACCAAAUAAAGACUCCAAGAGUGAACUGUCCAGAAAAAGUGAUCAUUUGUCUGGAUUUGUCAGAGGAAAUGUCCUCUCAGAAAUUGGAAUCCUUCAAUGGGUCCAAGGCAAAUGCUCUCAAUUCUUCACAGAAGAUGAUUGAGAUGUUUGUUCGAACAAAGCACAAAAUCGAUAAGAGACAUGAAUUUGCACUGGUAGUUGCAAACAAUGAGGCUAUGUGGUUGUCUGGAUUUACAUCUGACCCACGGGAGGUUUGCAGCUGUCUAUAUGAUCUGGAAACUAACAUAUGCGAGUCCUUCAAUCUUGAAGGCCUUUUUAACCUAAUACAGCAGAGGACAGAAUUUCCAGUCACUGAGAAUGUGCAGACUGUUCCUCCUCCGUAUGUAGUGAGAAUCAUUCUGAUAUACAGUCGCCCAGCCUCUCAGCCCCAGCUCACCCUCACGGAAAACAUGAAGAAAAUGCUACAGUGUCCUUAUUUCUUCUUAGACGUUGUCUACAUUCACAAUGGGUCUGAGGAGGAAGAUGUGAGCUGGAAGGAUGUGUUUGGAUUCUUUAGUAGCUUGGACCCUAAAGGCACUAGCUACAAAUAUGAGGUUUCGAUAACAGGAUCUGCUUUGGAACUUCACAACUGUAUGGCAAGAUUGCUUGCACAUCCCCUGCAGCGCCCAUUCCAGAGCCAUGCCUCGUACAGCCUUCUAGAUGAAGAAGAAGAGAGCACAGAGGGGGAGGUUACUGUCUGAAGCAUUGGAACAUGUUAAGCAAAACAAGUUUAUUAUUGGAUAUCAUUAUUUCAUGUUAGUGCUAAAACAUUCAAAAUAAAAUUGCUUACUUUUUUUAUAUUUA